CACACACACACACACGCACACACACACAGCACUGGACUCCCCUCCCUAUUCCUCCCUUUAUUUAUAUUGUUCUCAUUUUUUUGUUGGACUAUGUGCGUUUUGCGUCUCCUGCUGGACGUGAGGAAUUUCAUGUGUCCGUAGGUUCGGUCACCUCUCCUCUUUUUUUGGAUAUUUACUUUUUGUCCUUUUUGUUUGGCGUUGGUGAGGUGUGUGAGUUUGUGUGUGUGUGUGUGUGGGUGAGUGUGUGUGUAUGAGUGAUUCCUUCGUGUGGCUCGGGCUUCGUGAGGGAUCUAAACAUGUCGAAGAACGCGGAGGAGGUGAACAAGCUCACCGAAGGCACAUACAAGACUGUGAUGGAUCAGUUCAACCCAGGCCUGAGGAACCUGGUCAACGUCGGCAAGAACUAUGAGAAAUCAGUGGCUGCAAUGAUCCUGGCGGGGAAGUUGUAUUUUGAUGCAAUGUCUAAGAUUGGGGAGAACGCGGCAGUGUCUCCUGUCUCCAGAGAAUUAGGUGUUGUGCUGAUGGAAAUCUCCGAGGUCCACAGGAAGGUUCAUCUCGAGCUGGAGGAGAAUUUCAAGAGGUUCCACAGGGAGAUAAUAACCGAGCUGGAGAGAAAGACGGAAAUGGACGUCAAAUACAUCACAGCCACGUUCAAGAGGUAUCAGAUGGAGCACAAGAUGAAGCAGGACUCUCUGGAGAAGUCCCAGUCGGAACUGAAGAAGCUCCGGAGAAAGAGCCAAGGCAAGAACGCCAACAAGUACGAGAACAGGGAGAGCGAGUGCCUGGAAACGUUGAUGAGCCGUCAGAUGGACAUGCAGUUGUUCGUUGCAGACGGCUGCAAGGAGGCUAUGCUGGAGGAGAAGAGACGCUUCUGUUUCCUGGUGGACAAACACUGUAUGUUCUCCUACCAGACCGCCUCCUUCCACGACAAGGCCAGAGACAUCCUGACGGCGAAGCUGAGCACUUGGCAGGACCAGUGCAACGACGCCACCGACAUGCCCGAGAGCAUCCUGUCCAUGAUCGAGGGGCUGCGGACCCCCGUCACCAUCACGCCCAUGCCCUCCCCCUCCCCGUCUAUGCGCAGCCUGAACAUUCUUGCCCCUGUGGCUCCGCCUCAGAAGCCUCAGACCAGCCCUCUGGCGAACAUGUUCACGCAGGAGAAGAAAACUUCGCCUGUAGCCACCAUCACCAACAACAGCAGCAUGGAUCAUGUGAACAAUGAGGAGAACUAUCUCGCCAGGUCUGUGUCCAUGGGGGCGGGCCUCAACAAUGUCGUGAAGCGGCCUCGCGUGCGCACCAUCUUCCCUCACACGGCCGGCAACAACAGCACGCUGCUCAGCUUCGACGAGGGCGACAUCAUCGUCCUGCUCAUUCCCGACGAGAAGGACGGGUGGAUGUACGGUGAACUGGAGAAGAGCGGAAAGAGGGGCUGGUUCCCUUCAUCUUACUGCCAGGCACUCUCUGAGCCACUCAUGAAUAACAACAGCGUGUCUGUUGCACCGUUCCGCAGUCGGAGUGUGGUCAACCUGCACCACCAGGACACGGAGACGGACGAGGCCACCAUGGUGCUCCCCCCGGCCGACUACUGCGACGGCUCGCAGCGCAACGCCGUCAAGAACGGCUCCUUGUCCACCGGCGCCGUCACCGCGAAUAACCUCCAGCAGCAGCACUCCCGCACGCCCUCCGCGGCCUCCUCCUCCUCCUCCUCCGAUCCCAACACGGGAGCCCAGCCGAACGGCGUCUCCAGAUCCCAACCGGCUUUCCUCGCGGGAGGGAACCCGUUCGCCACAGUCAGGCUACGUCCGACCCUCACCAACGACCGCUCCGCACCGGUCAUCUGAUCCGUCCACCUCUCCGCCCGUCUUUAUGUCCUCCCCAGCCUCCCAUCGUCCUCACACCCAGGACGUGCAGCUUUGCCCUGCCUUCAACUGACCAGCAGCUGUUUCUGGUCCUGGAUGAGACCGGACAGAAGUCGGCCAGUACUGACACAAAGUAUAAAAACAUGCCAUCUGAUUCCGGGAUCCCCCUGACUGCUGCAAACUCUCCUGUGGAAGUAUUUUUGGAGCGUUUUAUUUACAAUUGCUCAUAUAUUUAAAAUAAUGUCUACUUUUAUCCCUCUGUGUGUGGUGGUGAUAUCUACUUGACCACAUUCUUGCCUGCACUUGAGAGCUAUAGACGAAUAAAACCGGUCAAAGAAAAUAUUUACGCCCGUUCAUGUUGCUUGUUUAUCGUCGAAACACAACUGUUAGAAAACAUUUCUGUUGCCAUAGGACAGAAGAAGAAUGUACUUUUUGAGGACGUCUGUGUUUUGGGUCUUUAUGAAAAUGCUGCAACUCUGGGAUUGAUUCUAAAAUGAUAUCGGCCGCAGCAGCGAGGAGAGAAACAUGCAAACAUUCACAGAGAUGCAUCCUGAAGUGAUCUUUAACCUCAUCUCCCUCUUGUAUAUAACUGUGUACAACAGACAUGGUCGUUGUCCUUCGCCUGUAGAGACGCCUGUCAACUGUAGAGCUAGACCAUCAUGGAGACGGGACUUUUGCCUUAAUGACCCACACGGUACAAACCUGCUGUAAAAUACUAUUUACCUGCUGCACUCUUCAGACUGUGGACAUGAGCUGAGACAUCCCAACAAUCCCAGUGCAGUCGUUUCUGCUUUAAUCAUCACACACGGCACAGUCUGUAAACUCAUCUUCCAUAUUACACCCUUACUAGAAUGUGCUGUAAGAAAAAUAAAGAUUUAUUUCUUCA